AUGCCUUGCAAGCAUUGCCUGGCAAUAUAUUCUUGCCAAUCCUCACUGAGUAAUAUAUACUUGUCUCAAGGCUUGGCAAAAACCCCAAGAAAUAUGAAGAUUGCAUUUUUGCUCGUGCCUCAUAUGCUAAUGCAAUACCCCCCCUCCCAAUUGGAGGUCUUGGUGGGUUUCCGGGGUAUAUAA